UGUUGUCAUUCUUCUCAUCUCCUAAGAGAAGGAAACUAAGAGAAGGAAACUCAUGAGAUGAGAAGAAAAAUUUGGUGGUUGUUUUUAUACAACAAUAUAAUACACAUCAAAUCUUUGAAAAGAUACCAACUUAAAAAAGAAGAAGCUGCGUUGAUCUUCCCAAAGGAUCCUCCAUGGUUCAAGCCAUGGAUGGUUCCUGUGAUGAUGCUUUUUGUUUUCUUUGUCUUUUCUAUUGUAGGAAUCUGUCGACGUUGUCACAGUUAUCGCCGAGGCGAAAAUUCUCCCAGUAUCCAUCCUAUCACCUAAUUAUUUAGACUCUUUGUUUUUUUUUUUUUCUUUUGAUAAAAUGUAAAUCAUUGUUGGUGAAAUGUAAGCUAUAUACAGUAUAUAAAAUUUUCAACUUAUAAUUGGGGUUUUUAAUUUUGGAGGCCAAAGCCAUUGUUUCACUAGGCUUCUUAUUUAGGCAGCAAUUCCUCAAAUAUGAGCUAGAGAUCCUUCGGGGCCAACCAACCAAAAGUCGAGUGCUCAAGGCAAAACUUACACAUGUCAAUCUUAGUCUUAAUAUUUAAUUUAUAUUCUUCUUCAAUAAGAGAGUUGCUCGAUACUGCGAGCAAGUCUAUAAGAAAAUCUCUGAAGUCAAACUUACAUUUUUUUUUUUUUUUGUCGACCAAACUUAAAUGUUUUAUAUGUAAGUAAACGCACUUGUACAUAAAAUAAAAUAAAAGUACACUUCUACAUAUUUAGACAUUUUAUUGAAUGUGUGUUGUUACAUGAUAGCAAACUAUAAAUAUAGGCCUGGGCAUUCGGUGAUAACCGAGAAAACCGAACCGAAAAAACCGAGUUUUUCGGUUAUCGGCGCUGAAUUUGAGAGAGACAGAGAACCGAUCGGUAAAAUUAUUUAGGGAUUUCGGUUAUUAGUUCGGUUCGGUUCGGUAAGCUAUAACCGAUCGGUUAUUCGGUUCUCAUCUAUCAUUACGGUGAUUCCUGCUGAAGAUCUCGUCUGCAACUAGACAGGUCGGCGGCCAUGGAAGCUGAACUAAUGAAGAUGAUGAAUUAGGGUUAGAUGCGUUUAAUGUUUUGUUAAUAUGGGCUUAUUUAAUCAAAUGUGUGUUUUAAAGUUGUAUGGGCCUGACUUAAUAAUUUUUAAACGGUCCAUUAGCCCAUAUUAGUUAGAUAAAACACCAAAACCCUAAUCCAUCAUUUUCUAUUUUCUUUCGUUUUCUUUCAGUUGCAGCCGCUUCUCUCUAGCUGGCGGUUAUAACAGACCUCAGUCAUUGCUAGCAACACGAGCGGCGGUUAACGAGUGUGGUGGGCAAAUUUACCGUCGGAGCUUGUCGUAGCCGCUGCCGCAGAUCAGUCCUUUUUGUUGAAAAUCCUAACCUUAUAGUGGAUUUGGGCUUGUUAAUAGUUUUGUUUAAGGCCAAUUAUUUUUAUUUUUUUAAUAAGGUCCAUUAUGUUGUUGGUUUGUAAUUAGAGUUUUAUUUAUUCAGCCUUUGAGCAUAAUUUUGGUCUAAUUCGGUUCGAAUUAACCGAAUUAGGAAAAUUUUCGGUUUA